UCUGCCUCCCCUCCCUCGGGAGAAAAGUGGAAGAACCCGUGCCGGGAGUCCCCAUUCAUAAAAAAAAAAAGGCCAAGGUCGGCGCCGCUUUGGCUUCUUUCGGGCAUCGGAGCGUCGGCGGAGGGGCUGAGCCCGGCUAGACAUGUUCAAGGGUUACGGAGGGGGAAGACCACCUCCGCCCGCAGCUCCGCGGCCAAGUUUACCCGCCUUGCCCUCCGCAGUCCGCCCGGGAUCUCAGCAGCCGAAAUUCCAGCCGGAUCUCGCAGCCGGGAGCAGUGCCACCACCGCCCCAUUUGUGCCCAACCUCAACACCAUCACCACCAGCCACAACCUGCAGUGGAUGGUGCAGCCUUCCCUCAUGGGCGCCUCUUCGGGACUCCCUCCCUUCCCCCGGCCCUAUCGGUGCCCACACUACGCAGCUGGCAUCCGUCCUGGCGUCAUUCGCACUACGGGCCCCGGUUUAGUGCCCCGGAGGCGUCACUCAGAGCAGCUCACCCCUGAGGAGGAAGAGCGACGGCGUUUACGGCGGGAACGGAACAAGCUGGCGGCCGCCAAAUGCCGCAACCGGCGGAAAGAGCUGACCGACACGUUGCAAGCGGAAACAGACCAGCUGGAAGCCGAACAGUCGGGUCUCCGGAAGGAAAUCGCUGAAUUGCAGAAACAGAAAGACCGCUUGGAAUUAGUUCUGGAAGCCCACCGUCCCGUUUGCAAAAUCCUGGAAGAAUCAUCCGGAGAUGAGGAUGGGGGCUACCGCCGGCCAGCCGCCCCUUCCCAACCGCCGGACAAAGAGGAGACUCCCCCGGGGCCUCGGUGUGGCUCUCGCCGGAUGGCCCCGGUACCCCCUAGCAUCACCCUGCCGCCCAGCGGCCUGCUGGAGCCCGAAUCCCUCCAUACCCCUACUCUCAUGUCUACCCCGUCUUUCACUCCCUUCACCCCCAGCCUGGUCUUCACCUACCCAGCGCCGGGGGACCCCGACGGACCGUCGGGGUCCGGUUUCCCCUCCGAGCCCUGCUCCUCCGCCCACCGAAGGAGCAGCAGUGGGGACCACUCCUCGGAUUCCCUCAAUUCCCCAACAUUGCUGGCGCUUUGAGGAGAUGACUUCGGUUGCGCUGUCUCGAAUCUUGUCCCCAUUUUUUUGGGGGGGGGGCUGUCAGAGGAUUAACCUUCCUUGCUGACCCCUUUGGCUAUAACCCGAUUCCCUCUGGCCUCGCUUUUGUGACCAGCUGUCGUUUACAGGGCUCCCGCUUCCCCCAUCCAGACGCAGGCGUCAAGUUGCUAGUCCUCAAGAGGCUCUUUUCUUUGGUCCGGAGAACCCGAAUCCCCAAGCAGGGUUAUGAUCUUUCUGCGAAACACUAAAAUAUCUCUCACCCUCGCGUUUUAUAAGGGCCAAGUGGCUAGUCCUCAAGACUGACCGGACAAGUCAUUUUUAUUUUUAUUUUUAUUUUGACAUCCACUUUCUGGAAAAGAAGCAGGGCUUUUUGGAUCCUUAGAUCACGUUCAAGAAACAAACAAAAAAAAUCACCGUUUUAAAGUCAUUUUUCACUUUAUUUCUGCUUGAUUUUUGAAACCAAGAAGAGAAAUUUAAGACAAAUCUAGAUUUAUUUUUCUACGAUGACCUACAGCCGCCGGGAUGACGUAGUCGUGGGACAUAUAUUGUCCAGAACUGAAGCUGGUUUGGAUAUACUGUAUAUUAUUAUAAACAUAACAAGUUUUCUUUUCUUUUUUUUCCUGAUGCCUCAUGAAAGUUACAUUACAAGGGAUGUUUUUGGACAAAGUUGUGAUGGUUUUGUGCCGUUUUUAGACAUUCCUGGGCGUUGGUCACUUGUGCAAAGAAAAAAGAAUUGAUACAAAAAUACCUAUUGUCAUUUUUUGUGUGUGUCUUCAAACCACAUAGGAAUUAAUCGGAGUUUAAUUAAUUGGAGUUUAAUAUAAAUAAAGAAUGGCAAGCACAGAACUGUACCAUGCGAGAUCGGCGAGGGAUAGAUUUAUCUAUUUGUAUUCCGUCAACUUUUGUUAUUUCUUUUUUUAAAAAAAACAUAUGUUGAAUAAUAAGCUUAGGAAACCUGCAGAACUCCACAGUGCUGGAAACAAUCCCAGAUGUGUUGUUUUAGAUGGGUUGGGUAUUUUUUCCCCCCUUCUUUUGGCUUGCUUUUUCUUGAAAAUAAACCAAAUAUUGCUGCUAGACCUCAUGAACUCUUGUUGGUUCGGCCAGGAAUACUUUCUUAAGCUGGGUUGUGACAAAACUUGGAAAAUGAACGGAAAAGUGUGAUGAAUUGCAUCUAAUAAUGGUAGUUUUCAACUUACAAUUGCAGUCUCCAUGGCUAAGCAAGGCAGCGGUUAAGUAAGUCACGCCCGAAUUUUAUGAUCUGGCCUGCUCAGCGGAUCGCUGCCGUUGUUAAAUGAAUCGUGUGGUCGUUAAACAAAUCCAGCUUCCCUGUUGAUUUAACCGGUGAGAAACCGGCUGGGACAUGAAUUGAACUGAACUUUUAUUUGGCCAAGUGCGAUUCGACGGUAAUUGGAUGGCAAUCCUGUGACUCUGGAAACGCUUGCAACCGUCAUAAAUACACGCCAAUUGCGCCAAGCACCCGAAUUCAGAUCACGUGACUAUGGGGGUCACUAAGCGCAAGGACAAGUCCACCGGUUCCUUUGUUUCAGUCCCGUCGUAGCUUCGAAGACUUGCCGAAUGGAGGGCUGCAAACCGAGGACUACCUGAUUAACCACAAAGUCCGAUCAGAUCGGCGCUUUUUGCCUCUUGCCGACUUCGGCUAAAACCUCAUGAGGACUAGCUUCCUGGCAGAGCUGACUGCCAUAAGUUGGUGACACUUUAAGGCCAAAUCAGGCUAACCCGUUGCAGCCUCACUUUCCGAAGCCGUAAAAGGAGAUUUCAAACUUACCUUGGACCUGAGAAGCAAAUAAAAUAAAAUAUCUUUUUAUUGGAAAAUAUCUUUUUCCAAGAAGAAUCACAGCCGGGAAUCCCAACUGAGUCGAAAACUUUCGUUUACUGCUGGGGUUAAGUUCCAGCAUUGCUGAAAAGCACGUUUCCCAUCUCUUGCACGCCUUUUUUCGUGUGUGUGUGUGUUGGCAGGUCUCCUUCUUUCUUUUCUUUUUUUAAAAAAAAUUCUGUGCAAGCAACUUUGGGAGAAAAUGUUUAUUUGGAAAAAUGGGACUAAUUAAAAACAAACACUAUUGCAGCAGGAGUGUGUGUGUGUGUGCAUUUUGCGUGUGAGCGUUUUUUCGGCCCAGGGCGAUCGAGCAAGAGGGUGGAUUUCUUGUGGGGCCAGCCAAGGAAACAAAGUAAAUUGAUGGAUAAAAGCCAGACAGUUUGCAGAACCUUUUUAAAUUAUUUUUAUCGGCUCAGCGUUCCCAGUUUCUGGCCCCAUUCACACAACCCGCCACCCCACCCCACCCCAGGAGGUAGAAAAAUGUGAGUUUAGUUCAGAUUUGGGCCGAGAAUCCAACCCGUUGGCAAUAAUUUAUAAUUUGUGUGUUGUUUUGCAAAGGAGGAUUUCGGUCCCUGCGUGAAACGAGUUGUGUGAAUACAGACUUUCAAGGGGGGGGGGAACCCCCAGAGAUAAAGAGACACUUUCUGCCGCAUUUAAUCUGCGUCGCCUCCUCUACCAAGUCAGAUUAAUGGUUUUCAUUUUGAUUUAGCGACGUCAGAAGAGUCUCGAAAGGCAGACCGAGGGAUCCUCUCCAUCCGGUUAUGUUGACGGUAAAAGGUUUCCUUUAUCAGAAACCAGGAUCCGGCCACCUGCUUCCUGGCUCGGAGACCCUUUGUCUCCUCCACCCAAGGCUGGGCAGGAAGUGUCGAGGAAGGCCGGUUUGUGGCCCCCCCCCUUUCGGUUGCGAUUUUUGCAAACAGACGGGGUUCCUGCUCUUGCAAUCCUCCAGAGACCCCCAUCAUGCGCUAAACAACACAUUGAUCCUCGAGCAGGAUCAAAACCAGGUCCUGAACAAACCAGGAUUGUUGGGCUAGCCUUGGGGUGGUGUGUGUGUAUGUGGUUCAGGUUGCUGGCUGCUUUCCACCCACUCGACACUGUUGUUGUGCCCACUGAAUAGGUGGCGCCCAAACCGAACCCUGUUUCGAUUCGUACAGGCUCAGUAAAAGUCGGAAGGGAGCUUAGAGGUCAUCUAUCUCAACCCCCUCUUGCUCAUUUGCAAGGAUGUUCCGUUCCAGUGGCAGCCAGCAAUUCUCCCAGGUUCACUGGGGAAGAGACCCUGCCUGCUCCCACCAGGAGUCCGUCGUCCCCCCAUCCCCACCCCGGGCCACCUAAAAUCGACUUCCCUUACAAUUUCAUAUUAUCAAACGGCACAUCUAUACCUUGGCAGCUUUAAGAUGGGUGGACUUCAAGGGCCGGAAUCCCCCAGCCAGCUGAUGGGUGAACUGUUUUUCCUUAUCCAACG